ACCAGUUAAUGUCAUAUGCUGAAAUGUUUUGAUUACGUUUUGUGCUCCUGAAGGGAAAUGAGUGAAAGUAUGGAGGAAAAACCUGGUGAAAAGGCAUUGAUUGCCAUGAAGAACAUGAGCAAAAGUGUGGUGUCCUUUAAAGUGCCUACAGUGCCUAAAGAGAAGGUGGCGAAAGCUAAGAUUCUCACAGAAGAGAAAUAUGUUGAGGAAUUGGGCAAAAUCAUCCAGAGGGACUUCUUCCCGGACCUGGAGAAACUCAAGGCGCAGAAUCAGUACCUGGACGCCGUGGAGAAGAACGACAUGGUGAAGCUGAGGGAAUUGUAUGAGAAGUACAGCGGAAGAAGACCAAAUCAGUCCAGAGGAUCUGAGAGUCCUGCGACCUUCGAGACACCCGUCAUUCGGCCAGAAGCCACGCCAGAGACGAAUUCGAGGAGAUCAAACACUUCCCGCCUGAGCAACAGCGUCCCGAAGGAGGAAAGCGAGGAGCUGAAGAUAUCGGAUAGAAUCAGCUUGGAUGCGUUCCUGGACUCGUACACGAGCGAAGACAAUCAGAGCUUUCAAGAGAUUAUCGAAAAGGCGGACCAGAAGCUGCGUCAGAAGUUCGAGGUGCUCUUCAAGCAGGAGAAAGUCCAGGCGCUCGAGAUGGCGAAGCGCCUCGCACUGCCGCCCAUCGAAGAGCAGUUCCGGGAGACUGUGGGCGUGCAGCCGGUGGACACGUGGACGUACAGGAACAAGAACUUCAUUAUGUAUGUGCCGGACGGCGUGGAGCUGAGUCAGGAGGAGCGCAUCGAGAUGGCGCAGAAGCGGCAGGAGGUCGUGCACGGCAACACGCGCCUGCUCGAAAGUCCCUUCGACGAGCGGCAGAGCCGCGAGACCAUCUCGCGGAUGGCCAAGCACCAGCAGCACGUGCUGGACGGAAAGGUGGACGUGGAUGGCAAUGUGCUGAGCCAGGACGCGAGUCCGCGCGUGCGCGGCUUUGGCUUCGUGCACACGCCGUCACCGCGGCCGGGCGUCAACGAGACGCCGUUGAUGACGUGGGGCGAGAUCGAGGGCACGCCUUUUCGUCUGGACGGCGGCGACACGCCUGUGCAUCACACUUCGACACCGGCAUUCCGCAUCGCCGAGACGCCGCGGCGCGAAGCGAUCGCGCUGGAGCUAGCGGAGCGUGCCGGCGAGCGACUCAGGGGCCAGAAGGCGCGCGCCAUGGAGGCAGCGCGACGCAACAUCGCGUCGCCGCACGGCAGAUCGACAAUGGAGCGCCUUGCCUCGAUGUCGCCGGCCGCGAAGCGCCUGGCGUCGUCGCGAUUCGGCAUUACGCCGUCGCCGAAUAGGAAAUCCGCUGCUACGCCGCGGCUCUCUCAGCACAAGGCCACCCCGUCGCCGCUGAUCAGGAAGAAGACGCCGAGAAUCUCAGCGACGAAGGCGAAAUCACCGGAGAAGCAAAUUUUGACGGAUGAUCUGCUGAAUAUUCCCGCGAAUGUGAAGAGAACCAAAGCGGCAGACUUUUUCUGAAAUAAAAGAAUUUCCUUGGAAAAGUUGUAGAGAAUAUAAUACUGAA